UAUAGACAUAUGACGAUCGCUCCAAGAAGCAGUCGCGUGUUCCGCUCAUUGAGAUCAGAUGGACCGACAUCGACCACUCGCGGUAACUGAACACCAUCAGCUGUUGAGCCGAAGGACCAGCUGAAGCGCGCGAUCGUAGUUACCAGUGACAAUUUCUUGAGUUCUUGUGACCGAAACUGAGAGGUACUGUAAUUGUGUUUUCGGCAGUGUUUUUUCUAUUUUUGGUGCGAUGAUUUGGGGGUUGAAGUGUUGAUCUUAUGAGGUUUUGCAAGAUUUUCGAGGUGGAUUCUCCCCUGGAAAAACCGGAAGGCUCGCUCUCGCCAUCGCCCACGGACUUGCUCUUCGGAGGUUCUCCAGGUAGUCGAUGUUGUCUGCUAGAUGUCCGUAGGUGUGCCGUUUUAGUUGCAUGCACUUUCCUUAAGUCGAACUGAUACACCACCCCGAAACCAGUGAACCGUCCUAGUAGGCCUUGUUUUUGGCAUUUCGAAAACUUUGGUAUCACGUGGUGCGCGCUUGUAGAGACUCGUAGUGUGGCGGCUGUCAAACGUUAAAUUUCGCACUGUCGGGGUUGGUGGUUGCAACCUUGAACUGCUCGAAUUUGUCCUUUGGGUUUCGGGUGUUAGAAUGAGGGAAAGUUGACAUGUUCUACAGACUGCGAGAUGCGUUCAGGCCCACCCACUGUCAAACAACUCGAUAUACAUCGACAGUAUAGACUGUCGCAGUCUCAACACAUCACCGACAACAACAAUAACUCAGCAGUUUAUUCUUGUCAAUUGCCGAAUAAUAAAUGUACAUUACUGUUACAAGGCGACCUCUCUAGUGCCCCUCUGGUGGCAGCGAGUGCGCAGCCUUCAGCCCCAUCUAGUCCCCAAUCAAGUAUGCUUUUGCUCCAGCCACAGACCUCUUUUAGCACGAGCAGCUUCGCAGACCUUCUGACAGGCUCGUUUUCUGACGAACCCAGCGCAGUAUUAGCACAAGAAGAUCUGAACCCUUUUUCUGAAGUACAGCUUCAUUCUCAACCCACCUCGCCAGCCCCUUUACCAAGUUUCCAGGAGACCUAUUCCGUCAAGUACGGUCAGGCUACCUCAAGCACCGCGUACAAAAUGGACGAAGAAUGCUAUAACGUCUCGUACCACCAUCCCACAUCUCAUCAAGUCGCCACACAUCCAUACGACUAUCAACAGUUGCAGUUUCCAGGUACUGGUCCCUACUACGCCUCCCCCCAGACAUGCGGCUCAAGCUUCGAAGCUUUGAUGAGCCAAGAAAGCUACUCCCUCCCCGCCUACCAGACCAGCACCACGUCAGAACUUCACAUCAGCACAACCCUCAGCCCCAAACAACGAAGAGCCUCGCUACCACUCCAGAGAUCAGAAUCAACGAGUAGUAGUGAAAGUCCGAAAUUGAGACUAACGGGACCGACACCUUCAGCCUGUUCUUCAGCUGCCAGUUCACCUGGGGGUCCUGGCGACAAAGGACCCACGUCACCGUCUCCGUCGCAAUUGUGUGCGGUUUGCGGGGAUACAGCCGCUUGCCAGCAUUAUGGUGUUAGAACGUGCGAAGGGUGCAAAGGGUUCUUCAAAAGAACAGUCCAAAAGGGAUCAAAAUACGUUUGUUUGGCUGACAAGGCCUGUCCAGUCGAUAAGCGAAGAAGAAACAGGUGUCAAUUCUGUCGCUUUCAGAAAUGUCUGAUGGUUGGUAUGGUCAAGGAGGUCGUUAGGACGGAUUCUCUGAAAGGAAGAAGAGGGCGUUUACCCUCCAAGCCCAAAUCUCCACAAGAAUCUCCUCCAAGUCCUCCGGUUUCUCUGAUAACUGCCCUUGUCCGAGCACACGUGGAUACCACCCCAGACCUAGCCAACUUGGAUUACUCCCAAUAUUUGGAACCAUCCACCAUUGAGCCUAUCAUGUCUGAAGCAGAGAAAAUUCAGCAAUUCUAUACUCUUCUCACAACGUCCGUUGAUGUUAUUAGGAAUUUUGCAGAUAGGAUACCUGGAUUCCAAGAAAUAUGUCCAGAAGACAGAGACCUGCUUUUCCAAUCAGCUUCCUUAGAACUGUUCGUCUUACGCCUCGCUUAUAGGACACACCCCAACGACACCAAGCUGACUUUCUGUAAUGGUGUUGUCCUCAAUAAACAACAAUGUUAUAGGUCGUUUGGAGACUGGCUACAUGCGAUCAUUGAAUUCUGCAAUGGUCUUCAUCUGAUGGAGAUAGAUAUUUCAGCGUUCGCGUGCCUAUGUGCACUUACUCUGGUGACAGAUCGUCAUGGACUUCGGGAACCCCAACGAAUCGAGCAACUCCAAAUGAAAAUCAUAUCGUCACUUCGGGAUCACGUAACUUACAACGCUGAAGCACAAAGAAAGACCCAUUAUUUCAGCAGACUUCUCGGUAAGCUCCCUGAACUGAGAUCCUUGAGCGUUCAGGGACUUCAGAGAAUAUUCUAUCUCAAACUGGAAGAUUUGGUUCCAGCCCCUCCUUUGAUAGAGAAAAUGUUUGCAGCAAGCUUGCCAUUCUAAAAUGGAAACGGCAAAAGGUUAAUUCGUUGAUUCGAUUAAUAUCUGAAUACAUUCUCUGAUUAAAUUGGGCAGUACAUAUCGAAUGUUAUUUCCAAGUAUUUUCAAUGAUAUCAUCGCACAGCAACAGUGGCGACGCUAGGGGGGCCAGGUGAGGACCAGGCCCCCCUAAAAUUUGAUAUACUAAGACUAAAAUAAUUACGAGAUUAGCAGAACUAUAAUUUCGAUUUACUUUGACCCCCCAAAAAAAAUCCGGCCCCCCUUUGGCCAGCCCUGUUUUUGAAAGCUGGCGUCGCCACUGCACAGCAGUAAUGAUAAUGAGAGAGUUCAUCAAUUUGAUUAGAAAGAAAAUACUCUAUUUUAUAGAGUUAAAAAUGUUAGGAUAUUCACUGUGAAUUGAACUACUGCACAGUUCAUAAAAAUUAAAAUCCACUUCUCAAAUCUGCCGCAAAAUGGUUAUUUUAUUUUCUGAUUGAUUUAUUCGAACGCCAUAAUGAAUUUUCAUUACAUGCGCCAUGAAUAGACAUAAGCCAGACUGAGAAUGGCUGAUCAUUCCUUAUUAUAUCAGUUGUUCGAUUUUUUUUUAAUUCAAUAUCUAAGAAUCAUCACUCGAAAGAAUAUGAAAAUAUCAAGCCAUUGAAAUUUCAGGAAAUAAAAUUCGAUUAAUGAAUUAUGACAUUUUUAAAGAAGCCAUAAUUCAAUACAGGUACAGUCUUAAAAAAUAUCAAGCUGUAUUUUAGCCGAUAAUUAUUGUCCGUUAUCCCUAAUUUAGAAACAUCUCUCGGCUUCUGGAUCAUUUUGCUGAGCUGAUUUCUUCUGUCUUCACAUGUGUAAUUAGAAUAUUAUAGGAAAUGUUUACUUAAAGUACUCUCUUAUCCCUCCCUGAUUCUCAUUACAGAUAACAUGCUUUUUUUCCCUUAAAUAUGAAUCCUGCUAAGGAGGUCUUCCUCACCGAAUCAUCUUUUUUAUGUGUUAAGUUUAAGUAUGAUAUUAAAUUAAGUAUAGAGGACUACGAAGAAAAAGGAAUGAAUUACAGGGAGAGAAUCUGAUGAUAAUAAUUGUAAGUGCAGAAACUUAAUUUACUAUUUGAAAAGUGAUAUAUGUAAAUUUAAGAUUGUUGUCUAUAAAAAAACUGAGUUUAUAAUUUUUCUAAAUGUUACCAGUACCUACUAUUGCACACAAUGUGUAAAAGAUAUAUAUUUAAUUAUUAAAAUUGCGAUAAAAUUCCUAGUCAAGGCAAUGUAUAUAAAGGAUAUAAUUUUAUUUAAAAAUAUAUUUUGUUAUUGCUACAUGGAUUGAAUCCAAAAUAAAGUUACCUACUCAAAUUCGCACUUAAUAUGACAAAAUAGAAGCAGGAAUAACAUCUUGAAAGUUAAUACCAUAAAAGUAAUAUAUACAUAUAACUUCUUUCUCAAAAAUUAGUGAACAAGACUUCGUUCAGAAUGCACUUAGUAAGCUGUUCUUUUCAACUUCUAUUAUAUUUUACAUAUAACAAACAUAUAUAGGCAAUAUUCCUAUCCAUUAAUUCUCAACGAAUUAUUUCAUUUUUUAAAUAUAAAUCCAGUAGAUAGUUAUACUUGUUCAUGAAAUUGAUGAGAUAUGCAUGCUUAUAUUGGGGAAAUAAUAAUAUCUAUUCACUUUAGUAUGACAUUUUUAUUUCUUCAGUCUUUCUGUUUCUAAUUUUGUCAUGAAUGCACACAACAUUUCUGACAACUGAACGAGAAAAGUGCCAUCGCAUCUGCUAUGUGCUCUGAGAAUUUUUCAUAUCAAAUGAAAACUGCCUUGCCAAUAAUAAUAGGACUGAAGGAGAGUUACCUAAAAUGGAAAGAUUUACCUUUUAUGUGAUGUGAUGCUCUCUGGUCUUAGUUUCAGACCCUAUAUUCUAAUAAUCAUAAUAGUUUUGAUAAAAUCACAAGCAAAAAAGACUCUGGUAUUAUAUUGUGUGAAGUGUUUUUUUUACGUCAAUUAAUUUCAAGCACUCCUGCUAUUUUUUCGCUUCGCUUAAAUCAAAUGAUUUCCCUUUCCUUUCUCUUACUUUUUCUUUUAUAUUUGAGUUUUAUUUUAUAAAAAAGCAUCUCAAGCUUUUAACUUAUACAUAUUUCAUACUUUUUUCUAUUUUAAACCAUUUCUACCACAAGGCUUUCUAUAUAUUCUUUUUUAUUAUCUAUCCAUUGCUAAAUUACAAUUUACACAGUAUUGGUACCUCAACUUGUCUAAUAUAUUUUCAUAUAUUUCACUCAUAUCAUAUUUGCUGUUGAUAUAAAAUCAUCACACAUAAUUGUAUAUAAGAUGAUUGUUUUGAUAAAGAUCGUGCAUAUUUUUGGAAAGAUUUUCAGGAUUGGUGUAAAAUAUGACUCAAUCCACUGAAACUUUUUGAUAGUAUUUUUAGAAUAAGAGGAAUACUUGAGAUUGCUAGAAUAUCAACAGCAACUUGCAUUUUGAAUAGAGUCAUUGCAUCGAGUUCAUCAAAAUACUUGAAGAGAGGCUUAAAUCGUACGUGAAAGAAAAUUACAAAUGUUUUUCAUGUACCUACUUCAGAACGUCAUACAUAUACAAAAAUUCUGUUAUUACCAGUCAAGCAUAACAUCACUUAAUCUUAGAAAUAGUGAAUUACCUUGAUGAUUUUUUUCAAACUAAUAUACAAGUCGAUACAUUGAUGCAACUGCUUGAUUUGAAUUAGUUACUCUCCAUUUUGGUUGAGUAUUUUAAAUAUUUCUAAAAGUGUACCUUAUGUGACUAGCCAAACAAUAAAUGUAAUCAUAUAGUAAGAUCCCUUAAUUUUUGGUGUAUUAAUAUUCAAGAACCUUUUCAAUGUAUCAUCAUUAUAUAUUGCUUUUUCAAAGCAUUCCGAAACUUACAAGGGUUCUAUCGCUAUCCUCUUUAAAUUCAAAUCAAAUUUAUUCUUACAAAUUUUAUGAUUUUCUUUCUUAAUACCCAACCGAAAUUUUAUUCCUCACAUUUCAAUGAACUUUCCUGACAAUUCAAAGCAAAUAAAUGCCUGAUAACUAUUUAGUUAAUUUCAAUUAAUAUAACCAUGUAAGUGAUAAGUCGAAAAAAAUUCAGACACACUAGCGUUUCCAACAAACUCACUUCAAUCAAUUGCAUCAGCGUAUUUGAAUAAAUGAGCUUGAUAUUUAACAGCUUCAAACCGUUGGAUCUAGAAUUUCAAUUUAGAAUCUGGUUCUUUAGCUUACAUUAGAAAUGUAAGAAGUAUCAAAGACAUCUGCACGCUCAGAAAAAUUUUAUAGGAUACUUACCACAAAACUCCAAUGAUUCAUACAAUCUGCCAAUGAAUGCCAGUUUUUUAUUUAUGGUAUUGUAUGAUAGAAUAAGUUACCACUCUAUCCAAUUAUUUUCCCUUAAUAGAAAUGUAGUUAACUUGAUGAUAUAAUACUCCUAUUUACUGUUAAUUUUUAUUUUUUUUUACCCAAAAUUUAUUGGGAAUUUUUAAUGCAAUUAUUUUAUGAAAUUUUUGGUUGAUUGUUACAGUUUGAAGGACUAUAUUUGAUACACUAUACCAAUGUGUGAGUUCUUCAUAUUUUAUUUUAUGAUAAUUAUAUUUUUUUAGGUGUGAAAGUAUGUUAUAAUAAUUUCACUUCAUAAAAUAAAUUAUAUAAAAUUA